GCGAGCGAGCGAGCGAGCAGGCGGCAGGCGCGGUCUGCGCGAGGAGCGGGCGAGCGGGAAGACGAGACGCAGCCACCUUCCUCCCCAGCCAGCCCUCAGUGGUUUGUUCCCUUCCUCGGGAGUGCGCCAAUGCCUGGUCCGACCCAAACCCUGUCCCCAAAUGGCGAGAACAACAACGACAUCAUCCAGGAUAACGGGACCAUCAUUCCUUUCCGGAAGCACACAGUGCGCGGGGAGCGUUCCUACAGUUGGGGAAUGGCAGUCAAUGUGUAUUCUACCUCGAUAACCCAAGAGACUAUGAGCAGACAUGACAUCAUUGCAUGGGUUAAUGACAUAGUAUCUUUAAACUACACAAAAGUGGAACAGCUUUGUUCAGGAGCGGCCUAUUGCCAGUUCAUGGACAUGCUCUUUCCAGGCUGCAUUAGUUUGAAGAAAGUAAAAUUUCAAGCAAAGUUGGAGCAUGAGUAUAUUCACAAUUUUAAACUUCUGCAAGCAUCGUUUAAGCGAAUGAAUGUUGAUAAGGUAAUUCCAGUGGAGAAGCUGGUGAAAGGGCGUUUCCAGGACAACCUGGAUUUUAUUCAGUGGUUUAAGAAAUUCUAUGAUGCUAACUACGAUGGGAAGGAGUAUGAUCCCGUUGAAGCGCGACAAGGGCAAGAUGCAAUUCCUCCUCCCGACCCUGGCGAACAGAUCUUCAACCUGCCAAAAAAGUCUCACCAUGCAAACUCCCCCACAGCAGGUGCGGCUAAAUCAAGUCCAGCAUCUAAACCAGGAUCCACACCUUCUCGUCCCUCAUCAGCCAAAAGGGCUUCGUCCAGCAGCUCAGCAUCCAAAUCUGAUAAAGAUUUAGAAACACAGGUCAUACAGCUUAAUGAACAGGUACAUUCAUUAAAACUUGCCCUUGAAGGCGUGGAAAAGGAAAGGGAUUUCUACUUCGGAAAGUUGAGAGAAAUUGAGCUCCUCUGCCAAGAACAUGGGCAGGAAAACGAUGACCUCGUGCAGCGACUAAUGGAAGUCCUCUAUGCUUCGGAAGAACAUGAGGGCCACCCUGAAGAGCCGGAAGCAGAGGAACAGGUCCAUGAGCAGCAGCCCCAGCAGCAGGAAGAGUACUGAACCGUGGUGGCAGCUCUCGACACUUCCAUUUUGCAUGGGAACUUUUCUUCUGGAGAAUUGGAACAUGUGUGGCCUCAAGCUCAGCAGAAACCAGUUGUUCCCAAUCUGCCGUUAACAUCAACGCGCUGUUACAUACACCAGCCACUGCGCUCGGUUCCCAUUUCCUUUGCCAAGACGCAUUAGCAGCCGGCCGUUCGGCGGCCUACCCAAGAGAUCAUGGGGUCACAUACCUUCAACUUCACCACUUGGCUGCUUGAGAUUGGUUCUGCUCUUUUCAUUUCUUUCCAGAGCAACUCUCCCCACCCCACCACCACCACCACCAACACCCCCUUUUUAUCCUGGUGUGAAACAAUGGUAAUUUGAUAUAUGGUAUUUAUAUUGGCAUUUCUCAACCCAGUGUCACUAGAUGUCACACACAUUUGUGGUGCUUCGAUGUUUGCAAGUCUAACCUCUGAGUAAAUUUGGUCAAGUGAUAAAUUGGAACAAAGGGAAAGAGAUACUUGAUAUGAAAGCCAUAAUGACAGUGACUUGUUUCAUGGGGAAAAACAGAGUCAGUUUCUCCCUCUACUCACAACAUUAAAGGGAAAAAAAAAAAAUGGAUUCAAAACUAGGACUUCAGGGCCCGGCAGUGUUCACACAUCAGCAUGUUAGACAACCACACAGAAUGUUGUUAGUUUUGAAAGACAUUCACUCAAGGAAAACACCGUCUCCAUUUGGCCCUUUCACCACUUGCCCCUGCUCUCCCCCACCCCAGUUCUCAUGCUGUUUUCUUUCUCAGGGUCCUCUUUGGUGGGCAGCCACUCCCCAAGAAGCUGUCAUCAGUUGUCUGCAGUCCAGAGGGGGUCUGCGUAGGUACAGGUCCACCUGCCUCAGUCCCUCCCUCCUUGUGUGGGUUUCAGCCCAAAUCCUGUUCGCCACACUAGGGGACUCCUACUAAAGAAUGACUUCAGAGUGUGCAGCCCCGAGUUUCAGGGUUCUGUGCACCCUGCUGCACACUUGCUGGAAGCCUGGGACUGCAGACCUUAUUAAUCGGAGCAUAAUUCCAAGGGAGAAUCAUGGUUCUGAAGUCUGGUGUUGACACUGGAAUGACAGCACAGAAAAAUCCAUGAUUCCCAGUACCUUCUGGAAUAAGGAAUUUCCCGUCUGUAAUACAAGGGCCCUCCUUGUCAUUGACCUUUGCUAAACCAUGGCAAUUCAGAAAUAGAGGAAACAUUAAUGAAUUAAAAGCAUUCCUUAUUUUUUUAACUAAUAUUUGCACAUUUUCCUAGUAUCUUUCCAAAUCUUUGCCUUCUUUUUUUUUUCCUUUGACAGAUGGCAUCCCUUCCUGGAUCAUUCAUUUCACUUGGUUUCUAACUUUAGAUUUACUUUCACUUGUUAUUGGACUUAGCAGGUGCAACGAAAACAAGAAACAAGUGUGCCCACCCCACUUUCCUCUUAAACGCUUAAAAUAAAUUUCUGAAUUAUGUAUCAUAAA